GCCGCCCCGCGCCGUCCCCGCCGGCCGCCCCGCUGAUGCCGCUGCCCUGCGAGGGGCCCGCGCGCCGCUAGCAGCAUGUCUCGGCGCAAGCAGGCCAAGCCCCAGCAUCUCAAGUCGGACGAGGAGCUGCCGCCGCCGGACGGGGCUCCCGAGCACGCGGCCCCCGGGGAGGGUGCCGAGGACGCGGACAGCGGCAACGAGAGCCGGAGCGGAGGCGAGGACACGCACGUGUGCGAGAAGUGCUGCGCCGAGUUCUUCAAGUGGGCCGACCUGCUGGCGCACAAGGAGGCCUGCACCAAGAACCCCCUGGUGCUGAUCGUGGGCGAGGAUGAGCCUGCCCCGCCCUCCGAGGACUUCCCUGAGGCGUCCCCGGCCAGCUCGGCCAGUGAGCGCGCGGACAGCGAGGCCGCAGAAGAGGCGGCGGCAGCGGUGGCGGCGGCCCCGGAGGGCGGGGAGGCCGUGGAGGCGAGGGCGGCGGAGCGGGAGGACGAGCCCAUGGAGGUGGGCGCGCCCGCAGACAAGGGCUUCCAGGGCCCGGGCGCGGUGCAAGCGGGGCAGCCGCCUCCACCGCCAGGCCCCGAGCCGGCCCCCGGGGCGGCCUACGGCAUGCCCAGCACCAACGUGACCCUGGAGACCCUCCUGAGCACCAAGGUGGCCGUAGCGCAGUUCUCGCAGACCUCGCGGGCCGCGGGCGCGGCGGGCCCGGGCGGAGGCGUGGCGGCCGCGGCCCUCCCGCUGAUCCUGGAGCAGCUCGUGGCCCUGCAGCAGCAGCAGGUGCAGCAGCUGCAGCUCAUCGAGCAGAUCCGCAGCCAGGUGGCCCUCAUGAGCCGCCCGCUGCCGCCAUCCCGGCCGCCGCUGCACCCCGGGCCGGCCGCGCACCACACCCUGCCACUCUCCACCGGCACCGGCCCCGCGGCCACGGCGCAGGGACCCGCCGCCCCACCGGCGGCGUACGAGGGCCCCCAGCACCUGGCUGCGCCGGCGUCCACAGCCAGCACCCCGCACGUAGCGAGCGGAGGCCCCUCGGCGCCGGAGCCCAGCGCCCCCGCGUGCUCCGGUGCCCCCGCGACCUCCACGGCCUCCACCUCAGCGGCCGGCGCCUCGGGGGGCGCCUCCCGGCCACAGAACGCCCCCACACCCCCCACCCUGGGGCCCGGGCCGCUGCUCACCUCUACACCCAGCCUGCCAAGCCCACUGCUACCUCAGACCUCCGCCAGCAGCGUCAUCUUCCCCAACCCGCUGGUCAGCAUCGCGGCCACGGCCAACGCGCUGGACCCCCUGUCGGCCCUCAUGAAGCACCGCAAGGGCAAGCCCCCCAACGUGUCGGUGUUCGAGCCCAAGGCCAGCACUGAGGACCCCUUCUUCAAGCACAAGUGCAGGUUCUGCGCCAAAGUGUUCGGGAGUGACAGUGCCCUGCAGAUCCACCUGCGCUCGCACACGGGCGAGCGGCCCUUCAAGUGCAACAUCUGCGGGAACCGCUUCUCCACCAAGGGCAACCUGAAGGUGCACUUCCAGAGGCACAAGGAGAAGUACCCCCACAUCCAGAUGAACCCCUACCCGGUGCCCGAGUACCUGGACAACGUGCCCACCUGCUCUGGGAUUCCCUACGGGAUGUCGCUGCCGCCAGAGAAACCGGUCACCACCUGGCUGGACAGCAAGCCAGCACUGCCCACUGUGCCCACCUCAGUGGGGCUGCAGCUCCCACCCACCCUCCCGGGCGUGGGCGUCGGCAGCUACGUGGACUCCCCCAGCCUCACCCCCGCCAGCCGCUCCCCGCAGCGGCCCUCACCCGCGUCCAGCGAGUGCCCUUCUUUGUCCCCAGGCCUGACCAGCUCUGAGGCAGGCGUCCCGGUGGCUGCGGGAUCCCCGCAGCCGGCGCCCGGUGGAUCUUCCCUGCCCAAGACCGAGCCCAUGAGCCUGCCCUGCACAAACGCCAGGGUAGGGGACCUCCCGGCCACAGCGGGGCAGGUCUCCACCACGUCUGCCCUGGCGGACAGCAGCGCAUCCCCAGGCCUCUGCAGCCCGGUCCUCCCGGCCGGGGCCGAGCCGUUUAAAGCCAAGUUCCCCUUCGGAGGGCUGCUUGACUCUAUGCAAACGUCCGAAACCUCCAAGCUGCAGCAGCUGGUGGAGAACAUAGACAAGAAGAUGACAGACCCCAACCAGUGCGUCAUCUGCCACCGCGUGCUGAGCUGCCAGAGCGCCCUGAAGAUGCACUACCGGACGCACACGGGCGAGCGGCCCUUCAAGUGCAAGAUCUGCGGGCGUGCCUUCACCACCAAGGGCAACCUGAAGACGCACUUCGGCGUGCACCGCGCCAAGCCACCCCUGCGUGUGCAGCACUCCUGCCCCAUUUGCCAGAAGAAGUUCACCAACGCCGUGGUGCUUCAGCAGCACAUCCGCAUGCACAUGGGGGGCCAGAUCCCCAACACGCCGCUGCCCGAGGGCUUCCAGGACGCCAUGGACGCCGCCCUGCCCUACGACGACAAGGCCGCCGAUGCCCUGAGCACCUGCGACGACGACAUGGAUGACAACUCCCUGGAGGAUGACGCAGAGCUGAAGGACCCGGCCGGCGACCCAAACAAGCCGCUGCUGGCCUUCUCGGGCUCCUGCCCGCCCUCCCCGCCCUCUGUCAUCUCCAGCAUCGCCGCCCUGGAGAACCAGAUGAAGAUGAUGGACUCGGUCAUGAGCUGUCCGCAGCUGAGUGCCCUCAAGUCCCUGGAGAACGGGUCUGGGGAGAGCGACCGCCUGAGCAACGACUCGUCCUCGGCCGUGGGAGACCUGGAGAGCCGGAGUGCGGGCAGCCCGGCCCUGUCUGAGUCGUCCUCCUCCUUGCAGGCCCUGUCACCCGGAAACAGUAACAGCGAGAGCCUGCCCUCCAAGUCCCCGGGCCUUGGCGCCCAGGAGGAGCCCCAGGAAACCCCACUGAAGACGGAAAAGCCGGACAGCCCGCCCCCCGGCCCCGAGAACGGAGGGGCACUGGACCUGACGGCCACCCACCCAUGCCGGCCGGCCGUCAAGGAGGAGGCCCCCUUUAGCCUGCUGUUCCUGAGCCGCGAUCGGGGUAAGUGUGCGAGCACUGUGUGUCGUGUGUGUGCCAAGCCCUUUGCUUGCAGGAGCGCCCUGGAGAUCCACCUCCGCAGCCACACCAAGGAGCGGCCGUUCGUGUGUGCGGUCUGCGGGCGCGGCUGCUCCACACUGGGUAACUUAAAGCAGCACUUACUGACCCACAGGUUGCGAGAGCUGCCUCCCCAGUUGCUUGACCCCAACUUUACUCUAGGUCCCAGCCAGGGCACCCCGAGCCUGGGCCCUGGCUCCACGCCCACCACCAUCAAAACGGAAGUGAACGGGCACAGCAAGGCCGGCCUGCUGGCUGAGGGUCCGCCGCUGCCGGCUGCCGUCCAGGUGCCCCCCGGGCCCCCGACGGUGAUGAGCCCUGGCCUCGCACCCAUGCUGGCCCCCCCACCGCGCCGGACCCCCAAGCAGCACAACUGCCAGUCGUGUGGGAAGACCUUCUCCUCGGCCAGUGCCCUGCAGAUCCACGAGCGCACCCACACUGGGGAGAAGCCGUUUGGCUGCACCAUCUGCGGGAGAGCCUUCACCACCAAGGGCAACCUUAAGGUGCACAUGGGUACCCACAUGUGGAACAACGCUCCCGCCAGGCGUGGCCGCCGCCUGUCAGUGGAGAACCCCAUGGCCCUGCUGGGUGGUGAUGCCCUGAAGUUCUCAGAGAUGUUCCAGAAGGAUCUGGCCGCACGGGCCAUGAAUGUGGACCCCAGCUUUUGGAACCAGUACGCCGCUGCCAUCACCAACGGGCUGGCCAUGAAGAACAACGAGAUCUCUGUCAUCCAGAACGGAGGCCUCCCCCAGCUCCCUGUGAGUCUCAGCGGGAGCGCCCUCCCCCCACUGGGCUCCCUGGCCACCGGGCUGGACAAGGCACGUCCAGGCAGCAGCCCGCCCAUCGCAGGGCUGGACAAAGCCAACUCGGACACGGGAGGCAGCCGGCCAUUCACACGGUUCAUUGAGGAUAACAAGGAGAUUGGGAUUAACUAGCCACGUCCCUGCCCUGUGGGUCUCCUUCUCGGUUCACCCGGAGCGCGAAAGACGUCACCGGGUGGCCGCCCGAGGUGGCCUCCUGCGCUGCCCGGUUGCGCCUUUAGAGGUGAACUUGGGAACUCGGCAACCUUGGAGAUAGAUCUGAGUCAGAAAGAGACGUCUUCCGAGAGCCGCCUUGGAAGCCAAAGGGGCUCAGACCACAUCCGUUCCAUCCCUCCAGAGCCCUCCCUGUGCCAGGGAAACUUGUCCAGUGGUCUUGUUGGAAUUAGUUAGAAACUUGAACUCUGUCUUCAGAACUCUUAUCUUAAUGACGUGGUCCAGUGCGCCCGACGCCGGUCCCGCACAGCACCUUCCCCUGUAGUAUUUAUGACGUUCAGAUGAUGCGGGUCACAGACAAUGCAGCCUGACUAUAACGGGAGCUUUUGUACUGCAGAAUACAUCUGGCUAUGUGAAUUUUUUUUUUUUAAAGCAAGAUUUGUUUUACUAUAAAUAAGUGGGUGAUUUCCAUGCAGGCAAAAUUGUGAAGUUCUGUUAAGAAACAGCAUGCUUUUCGUGUGCAAGCACCUGUCAGUAACAAGCCUUUUUUUUUUUUUUUUUUUUAAUUUAAAUGUCUGUAGCUGCUAUGUGGACAGUGGUCUCUAGUGUGGUCUGUAGCCCAGCAAUUGGGAACAAGUCACAGACAGACGUCACCGUGAAUUAUUCACAACGUUAUAGCAGUUGUGAGUAAAUAUUUCACAUUAUCAAAGCUGUACAAUAAAAAGGUAAUGUUUGUAUAAUGUGGUUGCAAACUCUUAAUUUAUAACUACUGCACUUUUAGUAUUUUGUAUUAGGGAGGUUUGUCUAUAAUUUGAAAAUUUUAAAAGAUGUAAAGCAUUUUAUAAAUAGUACUUUGAUUGAAGGAAAAUGAAAAAAAAAAAAAAAGCUGUUACGGUCUUAGGUCAAACGAUACGAGAAAUCUGUGCUCCUUAACCAGGAAAACCACCAGGACUUGUCCGUUCCUCAGUAAACUAGGGCCUGCCAUUUCUUACACUGAGAGAUUUAACUUUUCUAGAAAGCCCAUUUAAAAGCUUGACUACCCCCAACAGAACUCUGGUGGACUCGUCUUAGGGCUGUGGCACCAACACAAGCCGGGAGGGGGGAGCCGAGCAGCUGCCAUGCGGGUGUGAUCUCGCCGUCCCCGCUGCUGCUUCCUCGCACGCCCGCGGACCAGAUCCCGACUGCCUGCAGGCCUGGCGUUGUGUCCAAUAAAGCGAGAGGUGCCGGGUGUCGGGCAGUAUAAUCCAUCACAACCGGGACAUGUUCUGGUUUCUGAUUUAUUUAUUACCUUCUCAGAUGCAAACGAAGCGCACUGUGGUCCAGUCACUCGAAGUGCAGGCUUGUGCUGGUGAUGGUCAGCUGCUCCGAGUCAGGGAAGGGCCCCGGGCAGGUGCAAGCGGCUCGGCUGAGCCAGGCCGUGUGGACAGGUGGUGUGUUCUACCUCAUUCUGUGUGCUGCACGCGUGCCGGAGUCUGAAAGCGGGGCCUCCUCCGACUGCACGGUCCCCCGGGUCAUCGUGCCCGGGGGCAGCGCCGGGAGGCGAGCCUCGAGGAAGGAGGCGGGCAGUUGGCCGCCUCAGCAGAGACCGAGCUCUAGAACAAUCUUCCUAACAGAGCCCCAGCAAGCGCAGACCACAUCGUGUCACUGAGCAGAGUUUCAGAGCCUCACAGAUGAGCAGACCUAGCAGUGAUUUCUGUCGGAAAAGAGCACGGAACCCUCCCGCUGUUUCCCACAGAGGUGGGAUGGAGUGAGCCCCGGGAACCCUCUCUUCUCCCAGGAUGGGUGAGGGUGUGCCUGUGUCGGGAACAGAAAACAGGUGCUCGGUGUCGCUGUGUUUCAGCAGUGAAUGUUGUUAUUAUUUAUCUGUGUCCCUUUAGGUGUGAUUUUUUUUUGGGGGGGGUCGUAUUUGGUACCAUGUAGUGUUCUGUCCUCCCAGAAAGAUGUGUAUAUACCAUGAGAAAAGCGAAAUGUAAAGUGCUGUACAUAAGGCAGCUCGCGGCGGGCAGUGAGACUGCCCGGCCUGUGUCCGGGUGAGGCUGUCCCUCCGCACGGUGGAGAGACACUUAUUUUUCUAUUGCAGCACCGUGCAGGGCCGGGCCCUCCCUGAACCAGUGCAGAGUUGUUACCCAGAUCCAAUAUUUUUUAUGACGAAAUCUGUGGCUUGACACAUCUACUGAUUGAAAUGGAUGUCUUAGUCUAGGUUCCUAUUUUUGUCAUAUGGAAUUGAAUAAAAUGCAGGAUGUAAUAUUAUUUCUGAA